GGUUCAGCAGAAACAGCUGGUGAACCAAUUCUUAGUAAUCAAGCUUAAAAUGUUUCUAAUAAAACGUUUCUGUAGUGGGUUUCAACACAUAAAAGCAAUUACAAAUACUGCUAAACCUGGAGACCGUCUUGAUGUGCGAGGAUGGAUAAAAAACAUACGGCGUCUGAAGAAAAAUAUAUUUUUCGACCUCAACGAUGGUUCCACUGUACGUCGAUUUCAAGUGGUCAUACCGAAAAGAACGGAAUCAAAGAAUAUAAGUGUUGGGAGUAAUAUCUGUGCAUCCGGGUGCAUACAAGUAGCGCCUAAUGGCCAACUAGAAUUACACGCCGAACAUGUAAAAGUAAUAGGUGCUGACGGCCAUAUAACAGAUUAUCCUUUUACACCAAAGCAGCAGCAUCCUCCUGAAUAUGUUCGUGAACAUUUACACCUCCGUGCGCGUGUAGAUUACAUAGCGGCGCAAAUGAGGUUGAGGCAUCGUGCAUUGAAGGCGAUACAUGACUAUAUGGACGAAUUGGACUUUGUCCAGAUUACCACUUCCGUUCUUACAACAAAUGACUGUGAAGGUGCUGGAGAAAUUUUCAGAGUGCAACCAGAUUCUGUUGUUCUCCUCAAGGAAAUGGCCCGACCCAAUAUUCCCACUGAGCAUAGUUACUUCGACAAAAAAGUGUUUUUGUCCGUUUCAGGGCAAUUACAUUUGGAAGCAAUGUCACAUGGAUUGGGUAAUACAUACACAUUAACCCCUGCAUUUCGUGCUGAAAAUUCUAAAUCACCGCUGCAUUUAUCGGAAUUUUAUAUGUUUGAGGCUGAAUUAGCAUUUAUGGAGGACAUUUACUCCUUGACCUCAUUCAUUGAAAAAAUGAUAAAAAACGUUACAUUACGGAUUAUAGAAUCAGCAACAGAUGAUUUAAAAUUUUGUCAAGAAAAAGCGUUAGGAACUGCUUUUGAGCUACCUUGGCUGAAAGCAGCGUGGGUCACUCUUAGCUAUGAUGAAGCUUUGGACAUUUUAAUAGCAAAUAAAGAUAAAUUUCAAACAGCACUUAAGCCAAAUGAAGGAUUUUCUAAGGAACAAGAAUUAUUCCUCACCAACCAUUGCGGAACUCCAGUGUUUGUUGUUGAUUGGCCUUCUGAUCAAAAGCCAUUCUAUAUGAAAGUGGUUCAAACAAAACCUAACCGAGUUCAUGCUCUAGAUUUGUUAAUGCCUGAAGUUGGAGAAUUGUGUGGAGGGAGUUUACGUGAAAAUGACGAGAUGCGUUUGAGGUCACAUCCACGUUUACCACAAGACUUGGAAUGGUAUUUGGAAUUGAGAAAGUUUGGCGGCGUUCCUACAGGUGGUUUCGGUUUAGGCUUUGAGCGCUACCUUCAAUUACUUACGGGAGUAAAGAACAUACGUGAUGUUAUACCAUUUCCACGAUACCCACAUAGUUGCCAAAUGUGAAUAUAUAUUUGCUAUUAUGUUGUUUUUAAUACUAUGCACAUUCAAUACAUGGAGACGAAAAGUUGACAAUGAAAGUAAUAAUAAUAAUUAAUAUUCUUUAAAAGCAACAAA